AUGAAUCCUCCACGACUCGAGCUGGCAGCCAGCGACGAAAGACAACAAUUUCUAGCCCAACCGGUACCGGCACCAGUAGCUCCGCAGCGCCCUGGUCUGGGCGCGCGUACUUCUUCUGCUCCAUCGGGCGAACUAUAUAAACUGGAUUCAGGCCGCAAACCGCCACCAUCGCCAGGACUGAAUUUACCAUCAAUGACUGAGAUGAUAGAAAAACAAGGACCCAGCUCUGCUGCCUGGCCUCGCUCCCAUGGCGAUGAGGAACCACCCCACACCGGUCUCCCCGAAGUGACCAUUGCGGUAGUGGGUGAAGAUAAUGCCGGCAAAAGCAGCUUCAUAAAGUGUGCGCUGGAUAUGAAACAGCCAUCGUCUUCAAUUUUAACUAAAAAGAAGAUGUCAUUGGAUGGAUCGAUCUAUGCAGUGGGCUUGUUGGAGAUCGAUUUGAAACAGGUCAUAUUCGAAGGUCAUAAUGUCAUGUGGCCGAGAGUUGGAAACGACAAGUCUGUUCCCAUCAUCGAUGGAGUACUUCUGCUCCAUGAUUCCACUCAACCGGAUAAGGUCGAUGUGACGACUGAACUUGCAGGUAAGCUCUCCUUAGAAGUGGCCAUUGACCAUAUUAUUUUACCGCUGCCUACUAACCUUUGGAUCGAUCUAGACGCGCUUGGUACAUCGAUACCAUUCCUGCUAGUCGCCUGUAAAUGUGAUCUGCGCCCGGAAGACAGCGAUUUAGGCGUAUCGAACGACCGACACCAUAUUUAUCGAACUUCACCAGAUUCACCAAGAUCUCAACAAAUGUGCAUUGCCCUUGUUCUGAGAUCGGUUAUACUAUCUCGAAAAGGUAUUUAUUUCCUGUUCAAUUCCCUUUUUCUUACGUCCCCUAUGUCCCCUAGAUUCUGUUCAGGCCUGGUUACGUCCGACCAUAUUUAUAACCCUCCCAACCCUUCCCCGCGCUCCCCGUCUUUCCUUCCCCAUCCUACUCAAGGCAUUCACUCUCGUGCCAAUCCACAGUCUCCUUUUAUAAAUCCUGGAGCUGCUGGCGGCUCAUUGACAGGUCUGGCUCUGUCCGAAGCCGAUGACCGGGACAAGCCUAAGCCCCCGUCUCUCAAUCUGGCGCAACAACAGCAUGUUCCAUCUGCUCGAAAUGCUAGGAGAGACUCACGACCGCAAACUCCACCUUCUGGGGCGCGGCUAAAUCAGCGCCGACCAUCUGCACAGGGCUCUGCUCAGGGAGACAGCCCACCACUCAAGGAUUACAACCUCCGACCGCAAAAUAAUUGGCGACAUAGUGGCGACGCCUUCGAUACCUUUUUGAAUAUGGAUGAUGAGAUGGAUGAUGGGCAGCCCGUGAGCCCAACCAGCGCCGUGCGCACAAAACCAAGCAGCGAAAGCAGUUCCAGCGCUGAUGUUGGAAUUUCCUUCGAUGAACUGGUCGACCGCCUCGUCGCCGUGCCCUUAUCGAAACAAGACUCCAAAUUCGUCGCUAUCUUCCUCUGCCUCUACCGAAAAUUCGCCGCCCCAUCCACCCUCCUCAAUGCCCUAAUAAUUCGGUUCGAAAAGAACGAAAUCAGCAAUGAGGACCAGCUUGCUCGAAUGGCAAACCAGCUACGACUAUUGAACGUGAUAGCCAUAUGGGCUGCCGACUACCCGGGUGAUUUCGCUUUCCCCAGAACUCGAAAGCGCAUCAAUGACUUUGUGUGUACGCUUGAAAAGAGCCAUUUCUACAUGUUUGCCGCCAAGGAAAUUGGAUCUUUUUUGGAGCCAAACGCCGAAGACGAUGAUAUGGGCUGGGCAUUUCGAGAUGGCGAAGACGAUGAUUCAGCCCCUACCGAGACCUUUUUCGACAAUUCCGGCCGAAGCUCACCAGCACCCUUCUUGACAGGCUCUUAUAACGACGAAGACGAAGCAGAGGAAGACCCUCUAUAUAGCAUGAACGCGUUGGAUCUCAGCGACGGGCCCCAUGAUCGACUCUCACGAACAUUUUCCGUCACAUCUACUACCGACAAACCCUCCUCAACCCUCAACCAAUCAUUCACCGUUUUAACACUAGAGGCUUCCCAGAAAGAGGCCAAUCGAUUAGAACUGACUUGUCGUACUCCACUCACCAAAGUCCAAUGGCGGACCUUCAUGGACAUUCCCGAGGAGGACUUCGCCCGGGAACUUACCCGCAUCGACUGGAUCGAAUAUAAUUCAUUCCGACCACGCGAUCUCGUACGCCACGUCAGCAUCUCAGGAGUUGACAAGGAAAAGAUCAAGAGCCUCGAGAAUGUCAACCGGAUGAUCAAGCAGUUCAAUCACCUGGCAUUUUUUGUGGCGAGCAUGAUCCUACUCCGGGAUAAGCCCAAGCACCGAGCAAGGUGCCUGGAGAAAUUCAUGGGCAUUGCAGUGAAACUGCGACGACAAAAUAACUACAACUCAUUAGGUGCUGUCAUUGCCGCCAUCAAUGGCACACCCGUACAUCGUUUAACACAGACCAAAGACUUGAUCCCGAUUCCAACCCAGAAAGAAUUCAUGCGGCUAGUCAUUCUCAUGAGUACUCAAAGAAGUCACUUUGCCUACCGUCUGGCCUGGGAGAACUCGUUCUCUGAACGAAUCCCAUUCAUUCCGCUGCACCGCCGCGAUCUCGUUUCCGCAGAAGAAGGAAACAAAACCUUCUAUGGCGAGAACAAAUCCCGCAUCAACUGGAAGAAGUUUGAGGUUAUGGGUGAGGUGGUCCUUGGUAUUCAACGGAGUCAAAAAACCCCCCAUCCUCAGGCCCAGAAAUUUGAAGAGAUCGAAAGAUUAGUCCUGGAUGCCAAGCUAUCGGGUGAUGAAGAGGAUUUGUACGCCCGUAGCUUGCUCGUUGAACCCUCCACCAGCGGCGAACCUCUCCCAGGCCACAAAUGCUCCACACCAAGCCCACUACACAGACGUCUCCGCGAACUCUUCCGCGCCGAGCAAACAAGCACUUCAACACUCCUCUCAGAAAUCACAUCCACAUCUACAUCUUCAUCUUCGUCAGAAUCUGCAGUCCCAAAGCCAUUCUCUGUUCCAUCCACAGCAGAAGAAUAUACCAUCCGCAUCCAGGAAGCCGAGCAGCUGGCUCAAUACGCCAAGGCGCAGCGAACGUAUUCGCUGCUUUUGGAGCGGUAUAAUAAUGGAAUGAAUAUGGAUGAAGAGGAGAGGAUUCGGCUGACUGCGAGACGGGUUGGGUUUGAUUUGCCAGAGUUGCAUGAUCCCAAUGCUAAGGAGGACUGA